AUGAGUUCUCCAAACCAGAAAACUGAAGCUUCCCAUGAAGGAAAAUCUAACAACAGCAGUACAAAAGCCUAUUACGAUGUCUAUGGCCCAGAGGCAAGAGCUGAUGUCAUUUUUAAGCAGCCGGAAGCAAACUCAACCUUGAAUCUUCAUGACCUCCAAGGACUUAUUACCUGGGUGCUUGGUGAAUGUUUCAUGCCGUCAUGGGUUUUUAUAAAAAACAAGCCCCUGAUCUCAAAGAUGGUUAUGUUAUAUAUCCCUGGACUUGAAGCUGCAUUGUAUUUGUCACAGUCUAAAGUGCUAAACAGUUUUAAAGAAUGCUGUGGAAUUCCACGGCCAGUUUUAGCUCUCAGCUGUGUAUCAGAUGGAAAUCAGACUGUAGAUGCACUUCUUACAAGCAGAGUUAAAAGAAAAAGGAACGAAGGGGAACUUGUUCAAAAGAAAAUUUCCCAGGAAUCUACUCAAGGUUACGGAAAAUCCUCUCGGAGCAAACAGAAACUGCAAUAG